AUGAAGUAGAUUAUAGAUUUUUAUGCAUUUUUAAAUUUUUAUCUAAACGAACCCAAAUAGAUAUUUGAGAUCCUUUUACACUUCACUUCUGGAUAUUUUAUAUAUAUUUACAUAUUAUACGCAUCGUGCGGAUUUCUGCACUUACAAAUUUUUCAUAAAAUAUUCGUUUACUAAUCACUCUAGAAUUCUAAACUUCCUUCCAAUUAUUCUGACCCUCUUGCUUUCUAAAUUGCUUUCUAAAUUUACAUUUAUCGAUUUCUUCCUGUUUUUUCAGUUUCAAUUUUCAAUUGUCGAUGAAACUUUCUGUACCAAGUGUCGCCAUGUACCAUUUUAUUGUCAACCUGGUCUCCUUCUGUUACAGAUGGAUCGCCGCGUCGCAAUUCCAGCCGACAGAUGCACGACGCGCUUUUCCAUGUUUCGACGAGCCAGCGCUGAAAGCCACGUUUAAGAUCAGCAUCGCCCGGCCAAAGAACAUGACAUCCAUCUCGAACAUGCGUCGGCUAGGAGAGCCUAUGCCCGUGCCAGGUUUACCGACAUAUGUGUGGGACCAUUACGAACGCUCGGUGCCGAUGUCCACUUACCUGGUAGCCUUCAUUGUUUCGGACUUCGAAAUGUUGAAGUCCGAAUUGGGGAACUUUAGAGUUUGGGCGAGGAGCGACGCUAUCGAGCAAGCACGCUACACUCUGGACAUCGGGCCGAGAAUACUCGAAUAUUACGAGGACUAUUUCAAGAUUAAGUUCCCCUUGCCCAAGAUGGAUACUGUUGCUCUGCCUGACUUUUCAGCAGGUGCUAUGGAAAACUGGGGCUUGAUCACUUGCAGAGAAACUGCCAUGCUUUACCAAGAAGGCGUCUCGACCAGCAGUAAUCAGCAACGAGUAGCAACAGUGAUAUCUCACGAACUUGCUCAUCAAUGGUUUGGUAACUUGGUCACUCCGAGUUGGUGGUCGGAUCUUUGGUUGAACGAAGGCUUCGCCAGUUACAUGGAAUACAUCGGUGUGAACGCAGUAGAGCCAACGUGGAAAGUUUUGGAGCAAUUCGUCGUACACGAUUUGCAUAAUGUUUUCGGUUUGGACGCGUUAGAAUCGUCGCAUCAAAUAUCGAUCGAAGUCGAACAUCCCGACGAGAUUAGUGAAAUUUUCGACAGAAUUUCUUACGAAAAAGAGCGUACAAGAGCGCCGAGCAAAACGAUUUAUGGGAUGCAUUGACGAAACAAGCACACAAUGAUAAAGUUCUCGAACCAAAGAUAACAGUAAAAGAAAUUAUGGAUACCUGGACUCUUCAGACUGGCUUUCCAGUGAUCACGGUUAUCCGUGAUUAUAACAUUGGUUCAGUGACGCUGACGCAGGAACGUUUCAUGCUUCGCAAUGGCACCAUGGUAACCACAUCGAGUGUCGAGCCACUGUGGUGGGUACCAAUCACAUAUACGACUGAAAGUCAAUUAGAUUUCAAUGCAACCCAACCUUCACAAUGGAUGAAAGCAGAAAAAUCGAUCACGCUGUCGAAUUUGAACUGGGAUCCCUCGGAGUGGGUGAUCUUCAAUAUUCAAGAAACUGGAUACUACAGAGUGAACUACGAUAGGAAAAACUGGCAACUGAUAAUCAAGCAACUGAACAAGGAGUCCUUCAGAAACAUUUCGACGAUCAAUCGUGCCCAGUUAAUAGAUGAUGCGCUUAAUUUGGCAAGAGCUGGAAGGCUUGAUUACGCAAUUGCGUUGGACGUCACGUCGUAUUUAGCUCACGAGACUGAAUACCUGCCUUGGAAGGCUGCUUUCACUGCCAUGCAUUAUUUGGAUAGCAUGCUGAUCAAAAUGCCGAGCUACGACAAAUUUCGAGUAUACGUUUUGAAAUUACUCGAUAAUGUGUACAAGCAAGUCGGUUUCAAAGAUAGCCCGCGAGAUCCCCAAUUGACGGUUUUCACCCGCAUCGACGUGCUAACAUGGGCUUGUAACUUCGGCCACGAAGAUUGCGUGCAAAAUGCUGUCAGGCAGUUUUACAAUUGGCGCAACACGCCUAGUCCUGAUAAAAACAAUCCGAUCUCCCCAAAUCUGAAGAUGGUCGUCUACUGCACGGCUAUUCGAUUCGGUGGACAAAUCGAAUGGGACUUUGCUUGGCACAGGUAUUUGGAGACCAACGUCGGUUCUGAGAAGGAUUUGCUUUUGCAUGCACUUGGCUGUACCCGAGAAACGUGGCUUCUCAGCCGUUAUUUAGAUUGGAUGAUCACGGAGAAUUCGGGGAUCAGAAAGCAAGACGCCGGUCGUGUUCUAAAUUCCAUUGCUAGCAAUCCCAUUGGACAACCACUGGCGUUCAAUUUCCUUAGGAAUAAGUGGGAUCGUCUUCGAAAAUAGUGAGUAAUUUUUCUUUUUUUUUUUUUUUUUUUUUUUAUUUCUUGAACUUUGCUUUACCAUUUUUGUUUCCUUUCUCAAUCCUUUUAAAUAAGUAGUUUUUAAACAGUGUUGUGCCAAGAAUAUUGAAUUUAAGUUGUAUAUUAUUGUUCAAUCUUCAACCUCAAGAAUUUAAAUUAAAAUUCGAAUUUAAGAUUCGAGAUCAAAGUGGACAAACGAAAAUCCUAUUAAAUACUAUUAUUAUAUUACUAUUUCGAAGUACGUUUUACGUUUAUCUGUUAUUUCUAUCGAAUACAGAUCCGUUUCUUAAAAAGGCGUGGCAUUCUCUCUCAUAUAUUAAACAUUUAUACAUAUAUAUCAAUUACAAUAAAAUUCUCUCUGUUUUAGCUUCGGCACGUCGUUACUGAUUAUGAACAAUAUCGUAAAAUCAGCCACCAGAGGUAUUAAUACCAAAUAUGACCUUAAAGAU